AAGAAGAAACAUAGAAAUGGAAGGGCAGAUCCACAAUUUUAUUGUUGUAUGGGUUAUUGUCUUAGCAAGUUUAUGUUAUUCUCACACCAUAGCCAAGUUUAUUCCAAAAGGCAAAUCAAGAUUUGUGGCAAUAUUUCCAAUUGUUUGUCUAUUUUUCAUUCUUCCUCUUUAUCUCACCUCAAUUAAUCUUGGUGCUACUACUUCUUUCUUCAUUACAGGACUAGCCACUUUCAAGCUCAUUCUUUUUGCUUUUGGUAAAGGCCCUUUGUCAUCAACCCCACCUCUACCACUUUCAACAUUCAUUCCCUUGGCUUGUUUGCCUAUAAAGUUGAAAAAAUAUUCUACUAGUGAUAAUGUUGAAACCAAAAAAAGGACCAUAAGUUCAACUUUCAAUCUUGUUACAAAGAUUGCACUUUUAGCCAUUUUGAUAAGGGUGUAUAAUCAUAAAGAAAAUUUACACCCAAAAUUCAUUCUCUUUUGUUAUUGCCUCCACCUUUACUUCAUGUUAGAGAUCAUGUUGAAUAUAGUUAGCAUCGCGGUUCGAGUGGUGAGUCGAGUUGAGCUCGAGCCAGCCAUCAACAAUCCUCACCUGGCUAGCUCGCUUCAGGAUUUCUGGGGUAAGAGGUGGAACCUCAUGGUAACUAAUAUACUCCGUCUAACCGUCUAUGAUCAUGUUCGUUUGGUUAUUAAGGACCGGAUCCCGAGGAAGUGGGCCCCAAUUCCAGCUGUGCUCGCCACGUUUUUCGUCUCGGGGCUAAUGCAUGAGCUGUUUUUCUACUACAUUGGAAGAUUGAAGCCUAGUGGUGAAGCCAUGAUAUUCUUUCUAAUUCAUGGAGUCGCAUUGAGUGUUGAAAUCGUUAUCAAGAAAAUGAUCAAUGGCAAAUUUUUGGUUCCUAGGAUUAUUUCAGGUCCAUUAGCACUAGCAUUUAUUAUUUUCACAAGUUUUUGGUUGUUUUUUCCUCCUUUUUUGAGGGGUAAUACGGAGCUUAAAUUAUGUAAUGAAUAUAUUGCUUUCUUUAAAUUUAUUAGGUAUGGUCAAUUAAUUAGUCCUACCAAUAUCACAUGUUCACUCCUGUAAGA